AUGAAACGAACGAUUGCGUGCAUCGCGAUCCUGGCGCUCGUCGCCGGAUUCGGAUUCGCGGCACCCACGCAGGAGAGCAUGGACACCGGUCCCACGAAGCUGACGGUCGGGUAUCGCGCCCACCCGGACGACACCCUGGACUUCGAGCUUCCCUGGUACGUGGAGUGGCAGGAGAGGACCAACACCGAGAUCGAGUUCAUCGUGUUCCCCGCCGACACCUACGAGGAAAAGCGCAAUCUGGUGCUGGCGUCCGGUGACAUCCCCGACAUCGUCAGCGUCGAAUCCGCCAUCGCCAACACCUACGGACCCGACGGCCUGUUCCAGGCGCUCGACGAUCUGGCACUGGAAGUGGUGCAGUCGGACAUGCUGCGCGACUACUACUCGGAUGCCACCAAGAAUUACCAUCACCGUGCACCGGAUGGACAUCUGUACAUGAUCCCGCGCUUCAACGAGUUGGCCGGAUCGCCGGAGAACGGCAUCGCCUACCGCGUCGACGUCAUGAAGGAGCUGGGCCUGACCGAGCCGGACGACAGCGAGGGCUGGUACGAGGUGCUGAAGGCGGUCAAGGAGGGCCGGCCGGACCUGCUACCGCUGAGCACCAACGCGGCGUGGUUCGAAGGCGGCUACCAGAUGAUGUUCGGCCCCUCGUAUGACAUGGGCUUCGGGCUCUAUCAGAACUACUGGGGCUUCCUGAUCAGCGAGAUGGACGCCGGCCAGGUGGCGUUCCUGCCGGGGACCGACAACUACCGGCAGCUCAUGGCGUUCAUGAACCGGCUGCACGCGGAGGGACUGCUCGACCAGGAGUACAUCACCAACAACUACAACGACUGGUGGAACGGCAAGGUUGCGGCCGGCAAGGAGUUCAUGCAGCUCACCAACACGUGGCGCGCCAACGCCGCCAACAUCACUGCCGAGAAUGCCGGGGUGUCAGUCGACUACGACACGGCGGAGUUCCCGAUCAAUCCGGCCACGGGAGAGCGCGCUAUGACCCGCGUCGCCAACCCCUGGAGCGAUUUCGCCAUGGCGAUCUCCGCCGAUUCGGACCACCAGCGCAAGGCGAUGGAGCUGCUCGACUACUUCUAUACGGACGAAGGGGCGGAGUUCUACGUGUACGGGAUCGAGGGGAUGAGCUACGGACGUGACGAUGACGGCAACCCGACCGUGCACGGCUGGGACGACCGCCUGAUCGGCACCAAGCGCUACGAGAUCGGUUAUCCCAGCAUGUUCGUGAGCCCGAUCUUCCUGUCGCGGUUCCUGCAGGGACCGCGCGCCGUCCUCAUGAAGGACCACUUCGAGCGCACCAUCCCGAUCAUGAUCGGCUAUCCCAGCCUGCAGACCAGCGGGCCGGAGUUCGAGGAGAUGACCAACCUGUUUGCGGACCUGCAGACCUACGUGCAGGAGUCCAGCACAAGUUCAUCACCGGCGAUCUCUCGGUCGAUUCGGACUGGGACGGCUAUGUGGCGCAGCUCAAGCGCAUCGGCGCGGACCGCGGCACGGAGAUCGUGCAGGGCUGGUACGAGAACUACCAGGCGUUCGUAG